AUGACGAAGAAAGUUGAAAUAACUGAUAAUGUACACAAAGGCAUGUUCAGCGAUUUACCCGAAUGCAUUAUCCUUCACACACUCUCUUCUUUGAAUACCAAAGAUGUCGUUAGAACAUGUAUUUUAUCCUCAAGAUGGAAAGAUAUCUGGAAAUGUCUCCCUGCUCUUAGUUUCGACUAUCAAGACUUUCAAACCGGUGAUACGUUCAACGAGUUUGUGUUUAAGGCUUUAUCUCUUUGCGAUUCUUCUAUCUCACUGCAUACUCUCGACUUUGAUAAUAGAAUUUGUCGCCUGGAGCCUCGCUUACUUAGAUUUGUUGUGGAUUAUGCUAUUUUACACAAUGUUCAACGGUUCAGACUUAGUGCAGCUAGUGGCCCUGCACAAAUUCCUCACGAAUUAUUUUCAUUGAAGACUUUAACACCUCUCACCCUUGCUAUUUCCAAUUCCAAGCGUGACUUUGAGCACAUUUCUCUCAAUUUUCCAUCAUUAACAUAUCUUAAGCUUUCUAUUCAUCAUGCUAUGGAAACCCCUUUUCCAAACUCCCUCUGUUUGCCAGCAUUAUCUACCUUGGAGCUAGACAAUCUUACAUUUUAUGUUGGCCAUAAUGGUUGCGAUGAACCAUUUUCGACCUUUAGUAAGUUGGAAAGUUUGUCCAUUUCCGAAUGCACCGUGAAAGGUGCAGGAACCCUCUGCAUAUCAAGCGCGAGUCUCGUCAAUUUUACUGUGUACUUUGAGUCAGACGAAGACGACUAUUAA